AUGAGCCGGAUAUUUCAGGCAGAUGGUCGCGUCGUCCCGGUCACUAUGAUCCAAGCCGGUCCUUGUUCAGUCACCCAGAUCAAGACCAAUGAGACCGAUGGCUACCAGGCAGUUCAACUGGGAUUUGAUUCGGUCAAAAAGCUCAACAAGCCAGAAACCGGACACCUUAAGGGGACUCCACUUGCUCGUCAUCUUAGAGAAGUAAAGGCAGACGACAUCGGCGAGUUUAAACUGGGCCAGCAAGUGAAGGUGGAUAUAUUUGAACCGGGCGAGAUAGUCGACGUCAUCGGGAAGUCCAAAGGUAGAGGAUUUGCUGGUGUUAUGAAGCGCCACGGUUUUGCUGGAGGGCCCCGGACCCACGGUCAAUCCGACCGAGCCCGUGCCCCGGGUUCUAUCGGUGGCGGCACCACACCUGGCAGAGUGUACAAGGGCUUGAAGAUAGGCCGGUCACAUGGGAAAUACUCGCAUCACGGUCAAGAAUCUAGAGGUUGUCAAGGUGGAUGCGGAACGUAA